AUGGCUGAUGCCAAUACCCCCUCGUCGGCGCCUGCCCCGGAUGCUGGUGAGGCGCCCGUUGAGCGCGCUUCUACGGAGCUCAAAGCUAGCCCCCAGGAGUCCGCGCCAGAGCCCACCAAGGAGAACACAGAAAAGGGCGCCAAUGGAGCGGAGGAGAAGCCUGCUGAAAGUUCCCCCGCCCAAGAGGACAAGAAGGAAUCUUCCGACGAAACCGCCGAAAAAGCCAACACACCUGCCGAGGCGAAACAGCCCGAGGGGGGUGCUGCUGCCCCUGCAGAGGCGGAGCGCGCCGCCGCCCCGGAGGCCAACGGAACGCCUUCAACUACCAAGAAGCUACCCACCAAGCGCAAGUCCACGGGUGGAGAUACGAAAUCUAAGCUGAACCGCAAGAAGUCGAUGACUCGCAUUACCCACUUGGAUGCGAAGGCUGGCGAGUACUACCUCGCGCGUCUUCGCAGCUUCCCACCGUGGCCCGCCAUCAUCUGCGACGAGGAAAUCCUUCCGCAGAGUCUUCUGGGCUCGCGUCCUGUGACCGCUCAGCGUCCCGAUGGUACAUACAGAGAAGACUACGCCGACGGCGGCAAACGUGUCGCCGAGAGAACCUUCCCUGUUAUGUUCCUCCAAACAAACGAAUUCGCCUGGAUCCCUAACACUGAUCUCACACCUCUCGAUCCUGCUACCUGCAAAGAAGUAUCGGAGAAGGGCAAAUCUAAGGCGCUCUUGGCUGCGUACGGCGUUGCUGCAGAGGACCAUGAUCUCGCACACUACAAAACCAUGCUCGCAGACCACCAGGCUGCCAUUCAGCAGGAAGAGGAGGAAAAAGAGGCCCAGGAGGCCGCUAAAGCCGCGGCUAAGGCUGAGAAAGCAGCCAAGAAGAACAAGCGAAAGAGCAUGGAAAUCCAAGAUGACGUAGACAUGGAAGAUGCAGAUGAGGAGAAGCAGCCAAAGAGCACCAAGAAGAGGAAGAAGGAUGCUGAGGCUGAGGGCGACGAGAAGCCUGCUAAGACGCCCAAGACUGCUACCAAGCUGAAGCUCACAACGCCCAAGAACCCGGCUGAGGACAAGAAGGCAUCCGGCUCUAGCAAGGCUAAGCAGAGCGCCAGCAAGAAGGGAAAGAAGGCUGCGGCCAGCGAGGAGUCAGACGAGGCGAGCCCCGCACCUAAGGAACCUGAACCCAAGGUCAACCUGGAGGAGGCUAAGAAGAAGAGGGAGAGAGAAGUUCUGUUCAUCCGCCACCGCCUCCAGAAGGGCUUUAUUUCCCGUGACCACCCUCCCAAGGAGGAAGAGAUGUCGCAGAUGUCCGGCUACUUUACCAAGCUCGAGAAGCUGAACGAUCUCGAGGUCUCGAUCAUUCGCGAGACCAAGAUCCACAAAGUCCUCCGAAUGAUCAUCAAACUCCCCAACAUCCCGCGCGAUGAGGAAUUUGAUUUCCGCAAGCGGGCUCUGGACAUUCUCUCCAAGUGGAAGAAUGUUCUCGACAGCGACCGCGCUACACCCGCCCAGGACAAGGACGAGAAACCCAAGGCCAAUGGCGUCCACAAGGAGAAGGAGGGCAGCGCUGAAGCUCCGGCCAAGGCUUCUGAAUCCAAGUCUGAAAAGGAGGACGAGACUAAGCUUGACACCCCGGAUCAGGAUACCCCUAUGCCAGAUGCUGAGGAGAAGACCGAGGAAACACCGGCGCCUACUAAGAGUGAUGCUGAAAAGGUGGAGUCUGAGCCCGCUGCCGCUGGCGAGACGGCAGAGGACGAGAAGGAGGAGACGGAGAAGAAAGCAGAGAAACCGGUAGAUGAAAAGCCAGAGGAUAAGCAAGAAGAGGAGAAGCCUGCUGAGGCUGGAGUUGAAGCUGAAUCUGCAGCAUAA